AUGGCUUCCAACAUGCUGAAUCUCGGCGGAGGCGCGCAUACCCAGGACUCGCUGCCCUCCCUGCCGACUCAUCUCCAGUCCGAUACGCACAUCACUGCUCAUCUUGCCAGCCGUUUCCAUGUCGCUCAUCCCACCGCUCGACUCUCCUCACACGGCCUCGUCUGCCUCAACACGUACACCUCGUCUUCCAAGGGCCCCGAUGGCGGCAAAGAGGGAAGUGCCAUGGCUGGUGCCGAAGACAUGGCCGACCGUGCCUGGUUGAGGCUUGGCCACCGCUCCGAAAACCAAGCCGUCGUAUUUCUUGGUGAAUCCGGCUCGGGCAAGUCCACGAUCCGCUCGCACCUCCUUACCGCGCUGCUCAACAAGUCGUCAACUCCCCUUUCCAACAAACUUUCUCUCGCGGCCUACGUCUUCGAUACCCUCACGACGACAAAGACCGCCACCACCCCAACUGCUUCCAAGUCGGGUCUCUUUUACGAGCUGCAAUACGACACGUCCUCCACAACCAACCCCAUCCUCAUUGGCGGUAAGCUCCUCGACCACAGACUGGAAAGAAGCCGAAUCACAGAUGUUCCCACUGGUGAACGCAACUUUCACGCCUUGUACUAUCUGUUGGCCGGAACAAGCGCCGCCGAAAAGACCCAUCUUGGCCUCGACGACUCGCCCGUUGCCGGCGCCACCCGUUGGAAGUACCUUGGUCACCCAACCCAGCUCAAGGUCGGUAUCAAUGAUGCCGAAGGCUUCCAGCUCUUCAAGACGGCCCUCAAGAAGCUCGAGUUUCCUCGCAAUGACAUUGCCGAGAUUUGCCAGAUGCUUGCUGCUAUUCUCCACAUUGGCCAGCUUGAAUUCGAGAGCGCCAGUGACACCAGUGCCACUGGCGCUGACAGCGGUGGCUUCUCCCACGAAGGUGCCAACUCUUUCACCGGAGUCAAGAACAAGGAUGUCCUUGCCAUUGUUGCUGCGUUCCUCGGCAUAAAUGCCAAUGAUCUGCAAACCACCCUUGGUUACAAGACCAAGAUGAUCCAAAAGGAGCGAGUCACCGUCAUGCUUGAUCCUACCGGCGCUCGUGCUCAUGCCAAUGAGCUCGCUAGAACCCUUUAUGCCCUGCUUGUUGCCUGGAUCAUGGAAUCAGCCAACCAGCGUCUGUGUGCUCCCGAGGAGUCCAUCGCCAACACUAUUUCCGUUGUUGACUUCCCCGGUUUCGUUCAGCAGAGCUCCACCAGAUCUGUUCUCGAUCAGCUACUCAACAACGCUGCCACAGAGGCUCUCUAUAACGUCACUCUUCACAACUUCUUCGACCGCAAGGCUGAAAUGCUCGAGUCCGAGGAAGUCAGUGUUGCCCCGACAUCUUACUUUGACAACUCGGAUGCCGUCAAGGGACUGCUCAAGCCCGGCAAUGGCCUGCUCAGCAUUCUUGACGACCAAAGCCGCCGAAACCGCACCGACAUGCAGCUCCUUGAGAGCUUCCGCAAGCGUUUCGAAAACAAGAAUGCCGCUAUUGAGAUUGGCUCUGCCACUGCCAAGCUGCCUGGAAGCAACUUCAUGACGGAGAACACCGCCGCUACCUUCACCGUCAAACACUUCGCUGGUGAAGUUGACUACCCUAUCAGAGGUCUCAUCGAAGAGAAUGGAGAGCUCAUCUCGGGUGAUUUGCUCAACAUGGUCAACACAACCAAGAGCGAAUUUGUUGCUCGUCUCUUUGGACAGGAUGCCCUUCAAACCGUCACCCACCCCAACGAGAGAACCACCGUUAUGCAAGCCUCGGUCAGCUCGAAGCCUACCCGUGCCCCCAGCGUCAUGUCUCGCAAGGGCACUAGAGCUCGCCCAACAGGCUCCCGCCGCCAACAGCAGCAGGACGCUCUUGAUCGUCUUGAGCAACUCGGCGACUCUCGCGAGUCUCGCGAAAAGGAUCAGCGUCGUGGCGCCACCGCCACUGGUUUUGACCAGGGUGCCUCUGGCCAGUUUCUCUCAUCCCUAGACAAUGUGCAGAAGGCUGUCACUGACCCCGGUACCAACGCUUACUUUGUGUUCUGCCUGAAGCCCAAUGACCGCCGCAUUGCCAACCAGUUUGACAGCAAGUGCGUGAGAACCCAGGUCCAGACCUUUGGUAUCGCGGAGAUCAGUCAGCGCCUGCGCUCUGCAGAUUUUAGUCUAUUCUUGCCAUUUGGCGAGUUCCUCGGUCUUAUCGACUCCGAGACCAUUCUCGUUGGCAGUGAGCGUGAGCGCGCUGAAAUUGUUAUCGAAGAGAGGCGCUGGCCGAGCAAUGAGGUGCAGGUCGGAUCUACUGGUGUGUUCCUUAGUGAACGAUGCUGGAUGGAGGUUGCCCAUCUGACUGCUAAUGGCCCUGCUCGGGGCAUGGCCUCGGGUGAUGGCGAGAGCUACGGUGUCCCCGAACGCAACCCUUUUAUUGCCUCCAAGGAGCAGCUUGUCUCUGGUGGCAACACUCCUCUCAUGUACGGCGAGAAGACCAAGAGUGGAUAUUUCGCCGCAGGCGAUGACACGCGAUCUGAGGCUGGCGUGUCUGCCAUUGGUGGCGGUGACAUGUUCAAGAAUUUUGACACCCGUGAACAGAUGGCCGAGCGAGGCAAUGAGAAAGAUCUGGUUGAAGUCGAAGAGUAUAAGGACAGCCCGAGCCGCAAGCGAUGGGUUUUCAUGGUCUAUUUGCUCACUUGGCUCGUUCCAGACUUCGUCAUUCGCUGGAUCGGCCGCAUGCCUCGCAAAGAUGUCCGCAUGGCCUGGAGGGAAAAGCUCGCCAUCAACAUGCUCAUUUGGCUCCUCUGUCUGGUCGCUGCUUUCUUCAUCGUUGUUUUUCCUUUGCUCAUCUGCCCCACGCAACAUGUGUACAGUUCAGCAGAGCUGUCUUCACACAAUGGCAAAGGUAGCAACGGCGCCUUGGUUUCUGUUCGUGGAUACGUGUACGACUUGGCAUCCUAUGCCCCUCAUCACUACCCGUCGUACCUCAACCAGAAACUACUCCUCAACUACGCCGGCCUGGACAUCAGCUCCCUCUUCCCCAUUCAAGUCAAUGCUCUCUGCCAGGGCAAAGAUGGCAACGUGAACCCUGAAGUCACGCUCGAUUACAAGAACACCAACUUUACUGGCAUUUCCCCUGCGCUUAUCAGCACCCAGGACCUCAACUCCAAGUAUCAUGACUUCCGCUACUACACCAACGAUACCCGUCCCGAUUGGUACUACGAGCAAAUGACUAUGCUGCGUGCCCUUUUCAAAAAGGGUACUGUCGGUUACACGCCCCAGUACAUAAAGAAGCUCAACGAUAAGCAACAAAAGAUUGGAAUUAUUGGCGGCCGCGUCUACGAUCUCACCACUUACAUGGCUGGUGGUCGUCGACUUCUCGCCAAGCCUGGCGAGAAACCUCCUGAUGACGCGUCUCUUGCAAACUUCAUGUCUGAUGACGUCGUUCAAAUGUUCCAAGUCCAGUCUGGCUCAGACAUGACAAAGUACUGGGAAUCUUUAUCCAUGGAUGCGGCGUUGCGCGGAAGAAUGAAGACCUGCCUGGACAAUCUCUUCUAUGUUGGCGAUGUCGAUACCCGAAACUCGACCCGCUGCCAGUUGGCCACGUAUCUGAUCCUUGCUGUCACUAUCGUGCUGGGUUCCGUCAUCCUGUUCAAGUUCCUUGCUGCUCUGCAAUUUGGAGGCAAGAAUAUUCCCGAAAACCUCGACAAAUUCGUCAUCUGCCAAAUUCCUGCCUAUACCGAGGACGAGGACUCUCUACGCCGUGCCAUCGACUCGGCUGCUAGAAUGAAGUAUGAUGAUAAGCGCAAACUUUUAAUCAUUGUUUGUGACGGAAUGAUUAUCGGCCAAGGAAACGAUCGCCCCACGCCUCGCAUUGUGCUCGACAUUCUUGGAGUCGCUGAUACCGUUGAUCCCGAGCCUUUGAGCUUUGAGUCUCUUGGUGAGGGUCUCAAGCAGCACAACAUGGGCAAGGUCUAUUCCGGUCUCUAUGAAGUCCAAGGUCACAUUGUUCCUUUCAUGGUUAUUGUCAAGGUCGGCAAGCCCUCCGAGGUUGGCCGCCCCGGUAACCGUGGCAAGCGUGACUCUCAGAUGAUCAUUAUGCGCUUCCUCAACCGUGUUCACUAUAACCUUGCUAUGAGUCCCCUGGAACUCGAAAUGUACCACCAGAUUCGCAACAUUAUCGGUGUCAACCCCACCUUUUACGAGUUUAUGCUGCAAAUUGAUGCCGAUACAGUCGUUGCGCCUGAUUCUGCUAGCCGCAUGGUGUCUGCCUUUAUUGACGACACACGCUUGAUUGCGGUUUGUGGUGAGACUGCCCUGACCAAUGCCAAGUCCUCCUUCAUCACGAUGAUCCAGGUCUAUGAGUACUAUAUUUCGCACAAUCUGUCCAAGGCAUUCGAGUCUCUUUUCGGUUCCGUCACCUGUUUGCCUGGUUGUUUCUCCAUGUACAGAAUUCGCGCUGCGGAGACUGGCAAACCCCUCUUCGUCAGCCGCGAGAUUGUGGAGGACUAUUCCACAAUUCGUGUUGACACUCUGCACAUGAAGAACCUGCUGCAUCUCGGUGAGGAUCGUUAUCUUACGACCUUGCUCCUCAAGUAUCACAACAAGUACAAGACCAAGUACAUCUUCACUGCUCAUGCUUGGACUAUUGCACCGGAUUCUUGGAAGGUCUUCCUCUCACAGCGUCGUCGUUGGAUUAACUCUACUGUCCACAAUCUCGUUGAGCUGAUUCCCAUGGCUCAACUCUGUGGCUUCUGCUGUUUUAGUAUGCGAUUUGUCGUCUUCAUCGACUUGCUCAGCACCAUAGUCCAGCCCGUCACACUCGCCUAUAUCGUCUAUCUGAUUGUCCGCGUCGUCCAAAACCCGAGUGUUGUCCCAAUCACUGCAUUUAUUCUGCUGGGUGUUAUCUAUGGCCUCCAGGCCAUCAUUUUCAUCCUGCGCCGCAAAUGGGAAAUGGUUGGUUGGAUGAUUCUAUAUAUCCUUGCUAUCCCCGUCUUCAGCUUUGGUCUUCCCCUGUACGCUUUUUGGAACAUGGAUGACUUUGCUUGGGGUAACACUCGUGUCGUGGCUGGUGAGAAGGGCAAGAAGGUCGUCGUUUCCGACGAGGGCAAGUUCGACCCCAGCUCGAUUCCCCGCAAGAGGUGGGAGGACUACCAGGCCGAGCUCUGGGAGACGCAAACUUCUCGCGACGACUCACGUUCCGAAGUCUCCGGCUACAGCUACGCCACCAAGGCCCAUCCUCACGUUUCCGACAUGUCUCGCAUGUCGUUGGCUCACUCUGAGAUGGGCGGCAACCGUAUGAGCUCCUACGGUGGCUCUCAGUUCUUUUCCCCAGAGGACAUGGUUGGCCUGCCCAGCGAUGACGCCCUCUUGGCGGAGAUUCGCGAGAUUCUUAAAACAGCAGACCUGAUGACUGUCACCAAGAAGGGCAUCAAGCAAGAGCUUGAGCGACGCUUCGACGUGCCUCUUGACGCCAAGAGACAAUACAUCAACAGCGCCACUGAAGCUCUUCUUUCUGGUCAGCUGUAA